UUUUUUUUUAUUUUUAACAUUUUUCGCAAAUAGACAGUGCGUUAACUGUCAGAGAUUAAUUUUGAUUCUGUGUUCCGAAGUGUGAACCAAGUGUCCUGAAAAAGAGCAAUCGAAUAUUUAUACGAAAUGCAAAAAAGGAUAAAAGUGGAAGGAAAAAUAUAGAAAACCUCAGUAGCAAUCUAACUACGAGCUUAAAAAUGAGCAUACCAAUAGUAACCGUGAAACAAGGCAAAUUAAAAGGGGCGGUGAUAGAGAAUAUCCUAGGAUCAUCGUCCUACUACGCUUUCAGAGGGAUACCGUUCGCAACACCUCCUGUUGGAGAACUCAGAUUUAAGGAUCCUCUACCAGCCGAACCGUGGACCGGUGUCAAAGAUGUUUCCGAGGACGUUCAAUAUUACUGCUCUCAGCGUCAGCCAUUUUCACCGUAUGACAUCAUUGGCAACGAGGAUUGCCUUUACCUGAACGUCUACACGAAUUCUCUGGAUCAGUCGAAACCGGUUAUGUUCUACGUUCACGAGGGUGCGUUUAUAAGCGGCACUUCGAGCUUCCACGAGAUGAGGCCCGAUUACCUGCUCCCGAAAGACGUGGUGGUCGUCUCGAGUAACUACAGAGUCGGAGCAUUCGGAUUUCUAAAUCUGGGCCACCGAGUCGCGCCCGGGAAUUACGGGGUGAAGGAUCUGAUUUUGGCACUGGAAUGGGUGAGAGAGAAUAUCUCCAAGUUUGGGGGGGAUCCCAACAACGUGACGAUUUUCGGCGUAAGCGCGGGAUCGGUUUUGGUUCACGCGUUGCUUUUGUCGCCACGCGCGGAUGGAUUGUUCCACAAAGCGAUCAUGCAGAGCGGCGUGCUUUGGUGUUCUUGGUGCAAGAAUGAGAAUUAUUCCGUUCGCGGGUUCAGAUUGGCCGCCCUCCUCGGUGAAAAAUCCAAGGAUCCCGAGGAGGUGGUCGAAUUUCUGCGAAAAGUGCCAGCCGAGGAUAUCGUGAAAGUUCAAUCCAAUAUAGUGACAAUCGAGGAAAAAUUCUCCUACUCGAUACCUUUCGGGGUGAGCUACGACGAGACGAUAUCGGACGAUCCCAUUAUGCCAAAAUCUGUCGAUGAAUUACUGAGGAUAAGAGGGGGAGAUAUACCCGUGAUGGUGUCUUACACGGCUGACGAAUGCAUAUCGUACGUGAAAGAUAAAUCGACGGAGACGAUUCAAACGUUAAACGAAUAUAUGCCCACGUACGUGAGAAGUUUGGAAUCGUUGAAGAAAUUAAAUGAGGACGAUUUUGAACGAUUGUACAAUACGAUAAAGGAACAAUUUUUUGAAGGGAAACCGAUCAACGCUAAAAAAAUCCGGAAAGCAAUCGAGGCAUUGACUCAUAUAUUUUUCGAACUUCCUAUCCUAGUGAUGAUAGAAGAUCUAGUGAAAAGGACAACCGUGUCUAAUUACGUUUGUAGAUUCUCGUUCGUUGGAAACGAGGAAUCGAUCUUUGAUCUUAUACAGAAACGUCACGUUUCUGGAGCAGCUCACACGGAUGACGCGCCAUAUUUGAUAUAUUCACCGAAAUAUAAAAUUUAUGACCCCAAUCCACCAGUAAUCGGUACAAAAGACAGAGUAAUACUGGAACGAAUGACUAGAAUGUGGACUAAUUUCGCAAAAACGGGGAAUCCUACUUCGAUUAAAGAUGAAUUUGUUAAUAUUGAUUGGAGGCCCGUAACAUUGGAUGAUCUCUGUUUUCUGGAUAUUAAUAAAGAAUUAAAGAUGCAACCCAUUUUACCACACAUUCUAUCCUCUUCAUAAGGUUAUUUCGUUAAUUAAUAAAUUGUAUAAAAUAUGAAUAUACGAAUGAAAUUAAAUGUCGAAUACAAAAAUGUAA